AUGAAAAACUUUUUUUUAAAAACCGAAUUACGUUUAUAUUUCAGUUUAUCAUUUUCACAAAGUGAAAGAAUACCCCUGAGAGAUGCUGUCGAACAUAGAAUUAUUGAUGACGUCAGAAGUAAUAAAUUUGAUUAUUAUUUUUAUUCCGGUCGAAAUAGACAAGGAAAAUCAUCGAAUUUUAAAGAUGCCACCAACCUUUCAAAUCGGGAUAAAGUUUCUUUUGUUGAAUUUAAUCCUCGGGAGGAGGAGGAAGAGAGAAGAGAAACUCUUGAUAAAAUAAACAAAAAUCACGUUCAAGAAAAGAAAAUAGUAUGCUAUCUGCAAGGAUGGGCAAACCACAGGAAAGAACCGAUGAUGUUCAAUGCAAACAACUUGGAUCCCUUUUCGUGCACUCAUAUAUUAUAUGCAUAUGCCGGAAUAGAUCCACACACGUUUACCAUUUAUCCGCAGAACGAAGAACAAGAUGUCGUACAAGGAGGAUAUCGUUCGGUUGUCGGUCUCAAAAGGUUUAAUCCUAACCUUAAAGUACUCAUUUCCGUUGCCGGUUGGUCGACGAGCGAUUCGAAAUUUUCCAAAAUGACGUCAUCGGCUGCUAGAAGGCAAAAAUUUAUAAAAAGCGUUGCAAAAUUUCUCGAUGCUUACGAUUUUGACGGAAUCGAUUUGGAUUGGGAAUUUCCAGGAGCGGAAGAUCUUGGAGGUACCAAAAACGAUCGCGAACAUCUUUCGCUUUUAUUAGAAGAACUUUCCGAAGUUUUCGUUUUGAAAAACUGGAUUCUUUCCGUUUCCGUUGCUCCUUCAAGAUUUCGAAUCGAAGACGGUUAUAACGUCAGAGAAAUAGUUCCAUAUUUGGAUAUGAUUAACGUUUUGGCUUUUGAUUUGCAUUCGGAAAGAGAAGAUGUUGCAGAUCAUCAUUCUCCACUCUAUCGAAGAAAACACGAUCAAGGCUUGGACAUUUUUUACAACGUGGAUUAUGCGAUACGAUACUGGAUAAUGAAAGGAGCGCCGAGGGAAAAGUUAACGCUUGGCAUACCUUUUUUCGGACGUUCAUUUACACUGACCAAUCCUGAUUAUUGGAUGCCAGGUUCGCAAGUUCGAGGUUUGGGAAAAGAAGGUUUUUUCACACAAGACAGUGGAUUUUUAGCCUAUUUUGAAAUUUGCGAUAUGAUUUCACGGGAAAAUUGGAAUGUUAAUUCAGAUUCUGUCGAUAGUCCUUUUGCUGUAAAAGAGGAUCAAUGGAUCGGUUAUGACGAUUCCAGAAGUAUUUUAAAUAAAGUAAAUUAUGCUUUGAAACAAGGACUCGGUGGAGUUGCAAUUUAUUCUGUAGAUCUCGACGACUACCAGGGAAUCUGCGGUACAAAAUGGCCUCUACUCAACACCGUAAAAGAUGCAUUUUUCAAUCAUCAAUCAAACACUGAUCAAAUUUAUUCAUCGAGAAGCAAUUUUAAAAUUUAUGAUGUACCUGGAACGAUGAUUGAUCGUCAAAGAGACAUGAAUUGUUACGAACAGAGUAUCAAUCGCGAUGUAAAUAAUUGUAGCGUGUAUUACACGUGUGAUCGGGGUUGGAAGACGACUUACCUUUGUCCUCGACUUUUACACUUUGAUUCAAAUUGGAAUUUAUGCAGGUUACCCGAUUUGGCAAAUUGUCAAAAUCAAUAUUUAAUGUCAAACGAAUAUAAAAAAUUUAAUUCGAGGGGUCCUAAUGAAGAAACGUAUAAAGUCGUAUGUUAUUUCACAAAUUGGGCUUCGUAUAGAAAAGAUGAUGGAAAAUUCGUACCAGAACAUAUAGACCCGAGGCUUUGUUCUCAUAUCAUUUACGCUUAUGCUAGUUUAGAUCCAAACGAUUUAAAAUUAAAACCUUUUGAUGUUUCUGCUGAUAUUGAUCACAAUUUUUACGAUCGCGUUACUAAACUUCAUAGAUUGAGAAAUCAAAAUAAAAAAACGGUUGUUUUAUUGGCGGUGGGAGGUUGGACGGAUUCCACAGGAGAUAAAUAUUCAAAAUUAGUUUCCAAUCCCAAAUCCAGAAAAAAUUUUGUUAGAACUUCAAUUGAAUUUUUAAAAAAGCAUAAAUUUCAAGGAAUGCAUUUCGAUUGGGCUUAUCCAAAAUGUUGGCAAUCAGAUUGUAACAAAGGACCCGACAGCGAUAUGAAAAAUUUUGCGGUCCUUUUAAAGGAACUUGGUAAAGAAUUUAAAAAGCAGGAACCACCCUUAAUUUUGGCUGCGGGAAUUUCAGGCUACAGAGAAGUUAUUGACGUUGGCUACGAUGUUGUUACCAUAUCGGAAGCUGUGGAUUUUAUGUCCGUCAUGACGUAUGACUAUCACGGAGCAUGGGAAAAAGUCACAGGACAUGUCAGUCCUCUGUUUUACAGGAAAGGGGAUACUUUUCCUAGGUUUAACACGAAUUAUACGAUGGAGUAUUUAGUUCAAAGAGGAGCUGAUCGUUCUAAACUACUUGUUGGUAUUCCAUUUUAUGGUCAAAGUUUCACAUUGAAAAAUGAAAAUAACAAUGGUUAUGGAGCACCCGCUAUGGGUCCCGGAGUUCCUGGAGAAAUCACUAAACAGCCGGGAAUGUUGGCAUAUUAUGAAAUAUGUUAUAAAAUUCUGAAAGAAAAAUGGCAAGUUCAGAGAGAUUCUUCGAAAGCUUUUGGACCUUAUGCUUAUAAAAAUACUCAAUGGGUUGGUUUCGAUGACGUACAUUCUGUGAAAGCUAAAGCUUCAUUCAUCAAAAAUAUGGGUUACGGAGGAGCAAUGGCAUGGUCUAUUGAUUUAGAUGAUUUUAAUAAUCGAUGCUGCAGGGGGGCUUUUCCGUUAUUAAAAACGUUAGGUAAAGCUUUAGGACAAAUUUCGGAUGAUGAGCCCGAAGAAACUGAUUGUACACGACCGAAACCUCCGGUGACACCUUCACCUCCCGUCACCACAACUGGAGUUGAUUCAGGAGCGAGUUCAGAACACGAAUAUGAACAUGAACACACCACUUUACCAUCAUGGACUACCUCAACCAUGCCAAGCCGACCUGUAUCAAAGCCAAUGACGACUACAACAAUGAGUACAAAAUAUCCCAGUUCAACUUCUAAACCGACCAUGACAUCAACGAGUGAAACAUCAGUCGAAUCUGUUGAUUGCGAACCUGGAAAAUAUUAUCCCGAUCAUAGUAAUUGUAACGCAUACUACAGGUGUAUAUUAGGAGAAUUAAAAAAACAAUAUUGUAUCAUCGGUUUGCAUUGGAAUUCUGUUGCCAAUGUUUGUGAUUGGCCGGAAAAUGCAAUGUGUGAAAAAGAUUCUUUCGAUACUACUCCAGCCACGACAACAAUGAGGACUACAACAACAAUGAGGACCACAACAUCGAUGAUAGAUGGUUCGUGGACGAGUUCAACUCCUCCACCUGACGAUUGGUGGUCACCAAAUACUACAAUGUCGAUUCCUUCUACUACGGUAUUGCACAUAAAAACUCUACCUCCGAGUGGAUGCACAAAUGGUGAAUACUACUCAGUUCCCGAUGAUUGUAACCUUUUUGCCAUAUGCGUGAACGGUAAAUUAGUGACACAAAAUUGUGCUCCUGGUUUGCAUUGGAAUCAAGAUCAAAAAGUUUGCGACUGGAGUCAUAACGUACCUUGCAAUAAUAAUUUAAAUAAAUUUGGCAACAGGGGCGAUGUUGAUUUAUCAAUAUUAAAUAAACCUUGUAAAGAAGGUACCUAUGCGAACUAUCCAGGAAAUUGUAACCAAUAUUUAGUAUGCUUGUGGGGAACUUAUGCCGUUUUUAGCUGUGCCUCGGGUUUAUAUUGGAACAACAAUGAUAAAGUAUGUGAUUGGCCUAAUAAAGUAAAUUGCGUACCUGGCAAACCCGUAGAAAGUACAACGAUGGAAAUGGAAGAAAUGCCUGAACCUGAAGAUGAAGAUGAAAAUGAAAUAUCUGGUGGUGGUGGUGGCGUAAUAACAACUGAACCUGUUAUCAAACCACCGAUACCUAAACCACCAACAAAACCACCAAUUAUAACAAGACCACCGCCAUCUACUCAAAGUGGAUACUUUAAAACUGUUUGUUACUUUACUAAUUGGGCAUGGUAUAGACAAGGAAGUGGAAAAUACCUACCGGAAGAUAUAGAUCCAAAUUUAUGUACACACAUCAUUUAUGGUUUUGCUGUUUUAGACUAUGAAAAUUUAAUUAUCAAAGCACAUGAUUCUUGGGCUGAUUUUGAUAACAAAUUUUAUGAGAGGGUUGUAGCUUAUAAAAAAAAAGGAUUAAAAGUAACGUUGGCCAUUGGGGGAUGGAACGAUUCACAAGGAAACAAAUACAGUCGUUUAGUUAAUAAUCAUUCUCACAGAAAAAAAUUUAUUAAUCAUGUCAUAAAAUUUUUAGAAAAACAUAAUUUUGAUGGUUUAGAUUUGGAUUGGGAAUAUCCUAAAUGUUGGCAGGUCGACUGCAGCAAAGGUCCAGAAUCAGACAAAUAUGCAUUUGGUGCUUUUGUCAAAGAACUUCAUGAUGCUUUUAAACCUCGUGGAUUGUUGUUAUCGGCAGCUGUUUCUCCUAGCAAAACCGUUGUUGAUGCAGGAUACGAUGUACCAACGUUAGGUGAAUAUUUGGAUUGGGUUUCGGUCAUGACAUAUGAUUUUCACGGUCAGUGGGAUAAAAGAACAGGACACGUUGCACCAUUGUACUACCAUGAAGAUGAUGAAUUUUUCUUUUUCAACGCGAAUUAUUCUAUUAACUACUGGAUAUCUCAAGGAGUACCUAGACGUAAAAUCAUAAUGGGUAUGCCACUAUACGGUCAGAGUUUUCGUUUGGCCAAUCCGUCUUCCAACGGACUUAAUGCCAAUGCACCAGGUCCGGGAAAAGCAGGAGAAUUUACAAAAGCUGCUGGAUUUUUAGCUUAUUAUGAAAUAUGUGAUAGAAUACAAAAUAGAGGAUGGAAUGUCGUACAAGAUCCUGAAAAAAGAAUGGGUCCUUACGCGUAUAAAGGUGAUCAAUGGGUAUCUUUUGAUGACGUUGAAAUGAUAUCGAUAAAAUCUGAAUAUGUAAGAAAAAUGAAUAUUGGGGGAGCCAUGGUUUGGGCGCUUGAUUUAGACGAUUUUAAAAAUAAAUGUGGAAAUGGAAAACAUCCUUUGCUAUCAGCUAUAAGAAAUAUUUUAGGUUCAAAACCAAGCGAUAACGAAAUGUAUCCACAAGAACCUUCGUUAAGACCUCCUGUGAAACCAACGAGACCGCCGAUGACAACCGUUACAGCACCACAAAGACCAGAUAUGACAACUCAAGGAGCACCGCCAUUGGAUGAUGAAUUUAAAGUCGUCUGUUAUUUUACCAAUUGGGCUUGGUACAGACAAGGCCUUGGUAAAUAUUUACCCAGCGAUAUUGAUUCUGAUUUGUGUACCCAUAUUAUUUAUGGAUUUGCUGUGCUAAAUGGAGAUCAGGGUAUCAUAAAACCCCACGAUGCUUGGGCCGAUAUUGAUAAUAAAUUUUAUGAAAAGGUGACUCGUUUGAAAAGCAGAGGAAUCAAGGUUUUGAUCGCCAUAGGAGGUUGGAAUGACUCAGCUGGUGAUAAAUAUAGUAGACUUGUUAAUAAUCCUUCAGCUCGUGUCAAAUUUAUAUCCCACGUGAUAGAAUUUAUUGAAAAAUAUGAUUUUGAUGGUCUCGACCUUGAUUGGGAAUAUCCAAAAUGUUGGCAAGUCAAUUGUAAAAUGGGUCCCGAUUCUGAUAAGCCAGCCUUUGCGGCUUUUGUUAGAGAGUUAAGUGCUGCAUUUAAACCCAAAGGAUUAUUGCUUAGUGCUGCAGUUUCACCCAGCAAAAGAGUUAUCGAUGCAGGUUAUGAUGUUCUCACAUUAUCAAAAUAUUUAGAUUGGAUAUCCGUCAUGACUUAUGAUUUUCACGGACAGUGGGAUAAAAGAACUGGUCACAUAGCUCCCAUGUACCUUCAUGCAGAUGAUGUAGAUGUAACUUUUCAUGUGAAUUUUUCAAUAAACUACUGGAUAAGCGAAGGAGCUGAUAGGAAAAAAAUUGUCAUGGGACUUCCGAUGUAUGGUCAAUCUUUUAGCCUGGCAAACUCGCAAAAAAAUGGUCUUAAUGCACCCACAUAUGGAGGCGGUGAAGCUGGAGAAUUUACAAGGGCUCGUGGUUUCUUAUCGUACUACGAGAUUUGUCACAACAUAAGAGAAAAAAAAUGGAAAGUUGUGAGAGAUGUAAAAGGUAGAAUGGGACCAUACAGUUAUUCAAGAGACCAAUGGGUUUCUUUUGACGAUCAAGAAAUGAUAAAACACAAAGCAGAAUAUAUUCGAUACAUGGGCCUCGGAGGAGGAAUGAUAUGGGCCUUAGAUUUAGAUGACUUUAAAAAUCGAUGUCAUUGCGAACCUUAUCCUCUUUUAAAAACAAUAAACCGAGUUUUGCGAAAUUAUCCGGGUCCCCAACCAGUUUGCGUUUUAGACGGUAAUGAAAAUCAAUUCGUACCACAACGUCCAGGUUUUGGAGAAACACCUCCUCCUGAUACCGGUUCACAAGAAACAACUUACCCACCAGAUUUUACAAGACCUCCGACGACAAGUAGACCGACUAGACCGAUUAGACCUACUAGACCUACUAGACCGACCAGACCGACCAGACCAACCAGACCUACCAUUUACCCUACGAAACCAACCCCAUAUCCAACAAAACCACCUACACAAGGAACGACACCGGUUGAUGUACAAAAUUGCAGAGGUCAAAAUUUUGCUCCUCAUCCAAACUGCAAUAAAUAUUAUAUUUGUAUUCACGGUAAAUUCAGUGAAAUGAAUUGUCCACCCGGUUUACAUUGGAAUCACGAUCGUUGUGACUGGCCUCAAAACAGCAACUGUCAAUCAUCUAUGACAAAUGAGGAAUCGGAAGAAAGUAGUACGGAAGACAUGCAAAAUUGGUCAACAACAACUCGUAGACCCUGGACCGAAAAACCGACGAUGGGUGUAACAUCGACGACUUUAGAAGAAUCGGAAUCAUGGGAAGAAACUACAACACAUUCACCCCCUCCUGAUUCAGAUUAUAAAAUUGUUUGCUAUUUUACCAAUUGGGCAUGGUAUCGUCCAGGUAUUGGAAAAUACACUCCUGAAAAUAUCGACUAUGAACUUUGCACUCAUAUUGCCUACGGUUUUGCCGUCCUCGAUUCAAACACUUUUACAAUCAAACCUCACGAUAGUUGGGCCGAUUUAGAUAAUGAAUUUUAUAUGAAAGUAACAAAUUUGAAAAAAAAAGGUAUUAAAGUCCUGAUUGCGAUCGGGGGUUGGAAUGAUUCUCUCGGAAGUAAAUAUUCCAGAUUGGUUGGUAAUUCAUCCAAGAGAAGAAAAUUCAUUGAAACGGUUUUGCAAUUUAUUCAAAAAUACAAUUUUGACGGUUUAGAUUUAGAUUGGGAAUAUCCAAAAUGUUGGCAAGUUAAUUGUGAUGCUGGCCCAGAGGAAGACAAGGAAAAUUUUGCAACUUUUGUACAAGAAUUAAGCAAAGCUUUUAAACCAAAAGGAUUAAUAUUAUCUAGUGCUGUCUCCCCGAGUAAAAUAGUCAUCGAUUCUGGAUACGAUGUUGCUAAAUUGUCUCAUUAUUUCGACUACAUAAGCGUAAUGACUUAUGAUUUUCACGGAAAUUGGGAUAAAAUGACGGGACACGUCGCGCCAUUGUACUACUAUCCAGGUGAUAAAUAUGACUACUUUAACGCAAAUUUUUCAAUUAAUUACUGGAUUGAAAAAGGAGCAGAUAGUAGGAAAAUAAUACUCGGAAUUCCGAUGUACGGUCAAAGUUUCCAGUUAACAAGAAGUAACAAUCACGGUUUAAAUGCUCCAACAUCAGGACCGGGAAGAGCAGGAGAAUUUACUAGAGCUGGAGGAUUCUUGUCAUAUUACGAGAUAUGCGAAUACGUCAAAAGGCAAGGAUGGAAGGUUACCAGAGAUCCUAAAGGCCGAAUCGGGCCUUAUGCGUAUAAAGAUAAUCAAUGGGUGUCUUAUGAUGACGUAUCUGAAGUUAGAAGGAAAUCAAAAUUUAUAAAAGAAAUGAAUUUAGGAGGUGGAAUGAUUUGGGCAUUAGAUUUAGACGACUUUAGAAACAGAUGCGGAUGCGGAAAUCAUCCUUUAUUAAAAACUCUUAAUCAAGAGCUUAGAGGAUUACACGGUCAAUUUUCUGACUGUACUUAA